AUGGACUCGGUGGACUUUCUAUCGAUGCCUGGCCUGCAUAUACUGUCAUGGAUACAUUUCCCAGAGCGUUCAGUUGCUCGGCACAUUCUCUAUGGUGUGAUCAUUGGAGUCUCACUGUCGUUGACAUCAACUUCACUGGUGGCAUACUAUCAAGAGCGCAAGAGGCUACGUGCCACUAGGCAAUUCAAUCUGCGUCCAAUUGAGCUUCGGGGCGACGAGAUUAUUAAAGGAGUUACUGGUCUCAUUGGAAAUACUCCAUUGGUGAGAAUCAACUCUUUGAGUGACGCUUUAGGUGUAGAGAUCUUAGGGAAAGCUGAAUUCCUAAAUCCUGGAGGGAGUGUGAAGGACCGAGUCGCUGUGCAGAUGAUUGAUGACGCCGAACGUCAAGGUCUGCUGCGCCCACAUACCGGUUCUAGAAUUUUUGAGGGAACAGUGGGCUCUACCGGGAUAUCUAUAGCUACUGUAGCCAGGGCUAGGGGAUAUGAAGCGACUAUUAUCAUGCCAGACGACGUUGCAGAAGAGAAGGUGAAGGCAUUGCGCGCUCUCGGCGCCGAUGUGGAACGAGUCAGACCUGCCAGCAUUGUUGACAAGAAACAGAAUUUGGCACGAGAGCGGGCCAAAUAUUUCGGGUUGGAAAACGGGCCGACAGACCACCUGCCCCGCGCCCACUUGCUACCCACUCCGAGUUCUUCGGUUCUAGUGUCCACAGCAGCAACGGAUGCGUUAGGAGCAGAGCAUUAUGUCAUGACAUCUAAUGACGAAGAAAACUUUAGGACUGGACCGCGCGGUUUUUUCGCAGACCAGUUUGAGAACAGGAGUAAUUACGAAGCGCAUUUUGACGGCACGGGCCCAGAGAUCUGGAGACAGACGAAUGGGAAAAUUGAUGCCUUCGUAUCUGGCGCAGGUACGGGAGGAACCAUCGCUGGGACGGGCCAAUUCCUGAAAUCAAUGAACGAGGACAUCAUUGUCGCCCUAUCCGAUCCCGACGGUAGUGGACUGUAUAAUAAGGUGAAGCACGAUGUAAUGUUUGAUCGAAAAGAGACGGAAGGCACCAAGAGGCGCCACCAGGUAGACACUGUGGUUGAGGGAAUAGGAAUCAACAGACUAACAAAGAAUAUGGAGCUUGCGCUUCCCAUCAUUGAUGAUGCUUUCCGGUGA